AUGACGGCAGAGACCGUUCAACCGAUUGAAGAGUUUCAGGCUGUGCCCGAAGACCAAAUGCGCUUCACGGAAACAGAAGCGCCCGAAAUGCAACCAAAGCCUGAGGAGUACAAAAUCGCUCCGCAAUUUGUCCAAACUCUACCCAGCACAGUCACGCCAGCGAUUGGCGCCACGGUGGCGUUGGAA